AUGACGGUCGACUUGGAACUGAACCAGAAAAAGGCGGCGAUUCGGUCGUUUCUGCGGGCUAAAGACACUCCCAAACCAAUAUUUGCGCUAUUGUAUGGAUUUCAGCAAGUAAUGGUCUGUGUGUCUGCCCUACUCACCGUGCCGUUUCUGGUCACCGACAGUUUGUGCGCAGGCGACAGUAGCGCAAAGUUACUAAAUGAGCUGAUCAGUUCAACAUUCGUUGUCAGCGGUCUUUCUACUAUUGUUCAGACAAUGUUUGGAAUGCGGUUGGCACUUCUUCAAGGAACCGCUUUCGCCUAUGUGCCGUCCGUUCAAGUAUAUAUGGGAAAGUGUUUGGUCAACAGCACUGCACAUGUUCCCGAGCAUGAGUACUACGGGAAAUUGGCACUUAUGCAAGGAUGUCUCAUGGCUUCGGCCAUAGUCCCAAUGCUUAUCGGAUUUACUGGGAUCGUCGGAGUACUCACCAAAUUCAUUGGACCGCUUACGGUCUCGCCUCUCAUGUUGCUGUUGGCGUUUUCUCAAGUGAACACUAUGGUUGACAAAAUCAGCCUCCAUUGGGUGGCAAUCAUUCAAGCUAUAACGCUAUUCAUUACAAUUCUCUACCUUGCUGACAUUCUCGUCCCACUACCUGGUGUCAGAUACGGUAAACUACACUGGUACCGGACUAAUUUGUUUGGACAGUAUCCGUAUUUGAUCGCUAUUGUGAUCUCUUGGGCAUUUUGUCUAUUCCUGACUGUGUGCGAUCUCGUCGAAGCAGGCGGUCCUGCACGGGUCGACAUCCCUCACAAAGUGAACGCAAUACGAAACUCCGCAUGGCUGGCAGUACCAUAUCCCGGUAAAUUCGGUGCCCCAUCGUUCAAUAUCAGUCUGUUUCUCGCGUAUCUCCUCUCGGCAAUGACGUCCGUCUUCGAAUCGGUUGGAGACUACCACGCUGCCGCUCGGAUAUCACAAGAGCGAGCCCCACCGAGUCAUGCCAUAAAUCGAGGAAUUCUUGCCGAAGGUGUUGGCUCGUUUCUAUCGGGACUUCUGGGACCAGCCGUCGGAAUGACCACGCAUACAGAGAACAUUGGCGUCAUCGGUGUCACAAAAGUGCCUCCAGAUGGACGAUGGUCGUCGCUGAUUGGUGCCAUCCUAUCAACCGUUCCCGAUCCACUGGUCGGCGGAAUCCUGGCGUCAUCGAUGGCGAUGGUUGUCGGCGUAGCCGUCUCAAAUCUGCAAACGGUAGACAUGAGCAUGCCGCGUAACAUGGGAAUUCUCGGAUUCUCGAUGCUGUUCGGAAUGAUUGUGCCGGAAUACUUUCGGCGAUAUCCCGUGGAAACUGGCGUACAUAUCUUCGAUGACGUCAUCAACGUAUUACUGAAACUUCAAAUGUUUGUUGGUGCCAUGUGUGCAUGCUUGUUGGACAAUACUGUUGGAGGAGCAACCCGAGAACAACGGGGCCUUCGGUCACGUGGCAUCAUUCAUGAGAUCUCCAUGGAUGACGACACUUACAGUUAUCCUCCUGGAGUUAUGAAUGUUUUGAAUAAGAUUCCUUUCAUCAAAUAUUUCCCGUGCAUGCCAAAAGAGAAAAGGGCCACGAAUAAAGUCGCCGAGUUCUCUGUGGACGAUCUCAAAGCGGAUGAAGUCCGAUUGUAA